AUGGGGACGGUGUUGGACGCGCUGUCAGCCCCGCCGUUGAACGUCCGUCGCCCAGCGGCUCCGACAUUACCCAGCUUUGAGCUUCCACCGCCACCUUUCACGCUCGGCCCGAGUGCGCCAGCUCCAAACAAGUUUGUCGGACAGCCUGCUCCUCCCCCAAUCUCGCAUCCACCUGUCAACGUGAGCGUGGGGAACCUGUUGACGCCACCCGCCACGAUUCAACCGGGGGAGCACGCCACACCCCAGCCAUUGGCGCCGUCAACAGGCGCAUCGGAUCUGCCGCCGACAUUUUGGCCCGGGGCCAAUCCGUACGGACAGUCUUGGGGUUCGGGAGUCAAUCAAUACUCAGCUCGAAGUUCAUUCUCACCUUCCUCCGGUAUGCAGGUACGCUCCACGGUAACGUCGCCGCCGACAACGGAUGGGUUGCCGCAUCCAUUUGAAGCUCCGACACUAUCUUACCAAGCUUUACCCGCCCCGUCAACCCUGCCCCCCUCCGCCUCACAACCUGCCAUGACCAUGUACCAUGGGGGACCCGCUACUUCUCCCGCCCCACUUCCAUCCAACGAUCCCUAUGCAUCUAAACAGCAUAUGUACGCCGCAUCCCCUUCCAUGCAGAGCCCCCACCAAGCUGGAUUCUCUCCUAUGUAUGGCCCCGCUGGCCUUGGCAUUCACCCUCCAUCACGAAUGCCUGUGCAUAGCCCAUCAGCUGGACAGCCGCCGUUAGGAUAUCCCCGUCAGCCAUGGCCAUCCUAUUCUCUCCCCGCAAUGAAUGGUCCCGUCAUGAGCAACGUGCACAGCCCCGGGGGUCCCAUGUCGAUGAUGGGAAGCAUGCAACCCGGUCUCCUACCCGGCUUCAACAGUGGGCAUAUCGCCAGCUCCCAACAUUUAUAUGGAGGCCAUCCCCCACCACACGGCAUGUCCGCCCCCGCCGCCGAUCGUCCCUUCAAAUGCGACCAGUGUCCCCAGAGUUUCAACCGGAAUCACGAUCUCAAGCGCCACAAGCGCAUUCACCUGGCCGUGAAGCCUUUCCCCUGCGCACACUGUGACAAGAGCUUUUCGCGCAAGGAUGCUCUCAAGCGACAUAUCCUCGUGAAAGGCUGCGGAAAGGAUGGCGACUCAGACGCACACAGCACUCAAAUGGGAACCGAUAUCAAAGGCGAAGGGCGGAGUGAAGACGGCAGCCCCGUCCUCAACGGACGAGUUUGA